UAAAUUUUAACACGUACAAGAGUGUCGAAUGAUGCAAAACAUUUCUUAAAUACAUUGAUCGGGGUCCUGGAAAAUGUUUAAAAARAUUAGAAGAMACAUUAUUGCUUCAAAAUGCCUCUUAUAGUAAAUGGAGAUGGUAGUUUUGGAGCUUCGUACAGGGAUGGUGAUGUCCCAGAGCUCUAUACUUCGCCCGAGCCCACAGAAACGACGCCAUUAAACUCCAAAGCACGAAAACACGACUCGAUCAACCAACGACGAAGAAUCGAGAUGAGACGCUUUUGCAUUAUUUGUUUAGUGCUGGCUGAAUUAUGUGAGCGAUUCGCGUAUUUUGGAAUCAUCAUUAAUCUCGUUUUAUUUCUGGACAACUUUGGGUGGUCGAUGUUUGCAUCAGCUGCUGGAGUACUUGUGUAUUCUGGGAUAGCUUGGUUUAUGUGUGCUUUAAAUGGUCUUGUAGCAGAUUCUCGCUUCGGAAGACACUCUAUGAUCAUAGCUGGUUUUAUCUUUUACUUCUUAGGUGCGAUAUUACUAGUUUUUAUAUCAAUUUGGAUCGACAAUCGUCAAAAGGAUUUGAACCCUGAUGACAAUUUCCCGGUACUACCCUGGUUAGCAAUUGUUUUGGUAUCAAUAGCUGCAGGCGAGGGUGCUGUCAAGGCCAAUUUGUCCACCUUUAGUGCYGAGCAGCUGAGAGGUGAACCACCUAAUGGAGCAUCAAAAAAUCUUUUUAAUUGUUUUUAUUGGAUUGCUAAUGUAUUGGCACUCUUUGGGCUCGCUGGAGUGACCUACAUUCAACAAACUAGRUUACCUUGGAGUUCUGGCUUCACUUUAGGGUUUGCUAUUCCUGUMAUUUUUUUGACAUUAGCCGUGGCUUCAUUUCUGGCCAGCUCAAAGUAYUUUGUCAUCAAUGGACCUCAUGGAACAGGGCUGAGAAAUGUGCGACUAAUUUAUAAACAAGCAUGGAGAAAGAGAAAUGACAAUAUUGAGAUUAGGGAACUGUCGGCACGAUCUUCAACACCUAAUGCAGACAAAAUUAACUGGCUGGAGAAAACAACUGUUCAAUUUGGUGGAACAUUCCUGAAGUCAGAAGUCAGUGAAGCUAGGGCUCUGGGAAAAGCUUUUAUAUUUUCUUUUACUCUCAUUCCUUACUGGAUCAUUUACUCACAGUUGUAUUCAACCUACAUCCUUCAAGGUCUUCAUUUGAUGUCGAUGUUAGACUCAGGCWCAUUUAUUGUGCCAGCUGCCUGGAUGAGCUUGAUAGAAACUGCUAUAGUCUUACUGAUGGUCCCAUUAAUGGAAAGAUUAGUGUACCCAACAUGUGCACAGUAUAACAUUUAUGUGCCAAGGACAUGGAGGRUUGCUUUUGGUAUGUUACUGGCAGCAUCAUCUGCUGGGAUGGCUGGUUAUGUUGAGAUUWCAAAAGCAGAUCAUUUCCUASAGAAUGACUUCCACUAUGUCAACCAGACUACAAGCUGCAGGGUGUACAAAGCAGUUAAAGAUCUUUCCAUAUUCCAACAAAUUCCACAGUAUACCCUCUUGGGAAUCAGUGAGAUAUUUGCUAGCAUGUCUGGUCUUGAGCUGRUCUACGCCAUGUGUCCUGCCACGCCCCAAAGUGUCACAUCAGGCUUACAWAACCUUAUGAUCAGCAUUGGYAGUUUUCUAAGUCUCUUAAUCUUGGGCGUUGUCUCUCUGUACGGCUGGUAUCCCAUGCAUAUCAAAGACGACACGGAAUACCUCAAAAAUCACAAAGUUGCGUAUUACUACUGGUUGCUCAGUGGCAUCAUCUUGGUCAGUGCAUUCUUCUUGAUCCUGAUCGGUUAUUGCUUCGAUAUUGGUGUGCGCAGGAUUCAUCACUAUCAUCACCAUGAYCACCUGCAUUGCGAAAACGGAGUUGGUUCUCCGACAGGGGAUUCCUUCGCUGGUGAUCCAAUUUCGACAGCACAUACUGAAAUUCUUGUACAAACUUGACGCUUUAGUAUGGUACUAUUGUGCUGCAUAAGACGCGGUCUUACGAUAUCGAUGAUUUUUUUUUUGCGCGCGCGAGAAAAAAAUAGCAAAAAGUUGAUUAGGAACUACGAAUGUUUCGACGCUUAAUUGCUUACGGCAGCCAGCAUUUCUGCCAGAAUUAGUUGCGCGAAAAGUAUAUAAUUUGACCAUAAUAUAUACUUACACUUUUAUAAAUUAUUAUUGUACAGCGUGGGUUAAUAUAGAAAGUAAUGUCUUGUAAACAGGUUUAUCAGUUUUCAAAACAUAUAUUAAUAAGAUUUUUAGAAURUGUAAAUAAAUUUUAAUUUUUAAUA